CGACGUGUCAGUUGCAUUUGUUGACAAUUUUGUUUGGUCUGGUUCGUGUGCCAGUUUCGGAAGGAACUUGUGGAAAAGGAAAUUCAGGGAAAGCUGCUACAUUUUGCGAUACAUUCUCCAGCGAAAGGCAUCCUGAGCUAGCCUUUAUUAGCUAGACGUAGAUUAUAGACAACUCACUCAGAGAACUUGUGCAACGAUGGCAGCCUCUAAGGUAACAUUCAAGAUUACACUCACCUCCGACCCGAAGCUGCCGUUCAAGGUGCUAAGCGUUCCGGAAGCGACACCCUUCACGGCGGUUCUAAAAUUCGCGGCGGAAGAGUUCAAAGUGCCCCCAGCGACGAGUGCCAUCAUUACGGACGAUGGUAUCGGCAUCAACCCGCAGCAGACGGCUGGCACCGUGUUCCUCAAGCACGGUUCCGAGCUUCGGUUAAUUCCCCGCGAUCGUGUCGGAUGCCGUUGCUAGUGACCGCGAUAGUUUCCGUUUCAGUGUCCACUGCUACUUCGAUAGGAAUGGGUUCCGUUUCAUCCGUACUGCUGCUACCAACGCAAUGUGAUACGCAACAACGCAAAACAUCCAGCGUACCGCGGUGUCCGCUUUGUGCGCAGAAGCAUUUUUAUUAAUCGUUGUUCUGUUCUAUUUUUGCUGUGUCGAUUGAAAUAAAUAUUUUCUCUCCAUAAAAGAGUAACGCG